AUGGCUUUUUAUUUCACGUUUAAGCCUCCUAUUGUCCCCUGGAUAAAACGUCAAGUACUCUGGUUUAAAACGCGCGACACAACAGACGAGGAGAACGAGUUUGACAGAGGUUAUCUUAAGAUUAUUUUCUACUUUUAUCAGGCAGCAAACCUUUUGCUCGUCUCCAGUACGUCACUACGUAUUUUUAAAACAAUGUUUGAGGAAAUUCUUGUUGGACUUUUCAAUUUUCAACUAAGAGUUUCAUCGGGUGGAUUGAUUUGUCCAUUUCCUGGAAUCACUGUGGUAACUAAGCAGUUAUUUUCUGUUCCACACGUGUUUGGAGCAUGUCUGAUGAUUGGCAUUAUUUAUGUUGUUCACUGGGGAGUUCAGAAGUUUCGAGGUCGAGAAGCACCAUUUGCUGGUCCUUAUAUUGGCGGUAUUUUACAAACCAUGUUGCUUGGAUACACAACUCUUGCUUCUGUCAGUUUUGACCUGCUACGAUGUGUUCCCAUUGGUUCACAGAAGCGGAUGUUUUAUGAUGGAAACGUGGAGUGUUUUCAGUGGUGGCAGUACAUGUUGAUUGUUUUUGUUUGCUCAUUCGUUGUACCUGUCGUGCUUGUUUUGUUUUGGGGCAGUUUUAAAUUGUACAACCAAACACUUUCUGGGGAAAAAUUGGUAUUGGCCUGUUUUAUUCCUUUACCAUCUUUGGUUUAUUGGGCUUUCAUCUCUUUUAUUGAAAGAAGAAAACAUGCAGACAACAAAGAAACACUGGUUUCAACCAAUGCAGGAAACGAUGACACGCCCUCCAUCAACAUCGCUGUCAAUUCUAUAAAGAGAGUUCUUUAUGACUCUUUCAAGAGACCAGAUGUUGGCGGAAAACUGUCUUUAGGAUGGGAAAGUGUUAUGAUCGGACGCCGGUUGAUUUUGGUUGUGUUGAAAGCUUUUGUCAGCGAUCCUAUGUCUCGUCUUCUUGUCAUGAUUUUCUUUUGUGUCUUGUUCUUUCAUCAUCACUCUAUGAUUCAACCAUUUCGUGACAGUUUGGCCAACCGGGUGGAAACAAUUUCGUUGCUAUUUCUUACCGUUCUUGCAAUUCUCAACAUGUUUUUUGCCUCUUUUCUGUCUUUGGCUGCAACAUCAGACGCUUAUUUGAGUUCUUGGUGGGAUGGCUGUCAAGUUUUACAAGUUAUUAUUCUCUUUGCUGUACCUACGCUAUUUUGCCUUCUUGUGGUUGCGGCUGUGUUAUCGCAGCUGAGUCGCCUCAUCAUCGUGGCUGGGCGCUUUUUGCGCAAAUUUAUGUGGAUCUGUCUUAGCAUGUGCGAUGGAGAUCAGAACGAUGAAAGAAGACCAUUAAGGCUUGUGACCUAA